AGCCAUCGAGAGCGAUGGAUAGAUAACGAAAAUUAGAAAAACAAAAAAACCAGAAAACUUCAGCUCAGGCCUCAGAGUCUCUGAUGAAGGAGGAAAAAGCUACGAACUGAAAGUAAAAAAUUGAGAAGAAAAUUUGAAAGUUAAAAGCAUUAAUCUCUGUUCUUACUGAUUAUUUGUUUAACAUUUGAUUACUUAGGUUUAGAAGAGGAGAGAAGUGAUAAUGGAGUCGACAGAGUCAUCUUACGUGUCAUCUCCGGAGGCAGCGAGGAAGAGAUCUUCGCCGCCGCCUAGAUCGCCAACUUCCGAAAACGGGGAGAAGGCUACAUAUAUAAGGUUUCUUGUCUCCAAUGCUGCAGCUGGUUCUGUAAUUGGGAAGGGUGGUUCAACAAUUACUGAUUUCCAGUCCAGAUCAGGAGCUCGAAUUCAGUUGUCACGCAAUCAUGAAUUUUUCCCAGGAACAUCAGAUAGGAUUAUUAUGGUCUCUGGAACAGUUGAUGAAGUACUCAAAGUUAUGGAACUUAUCCUUGCAAAAUUAUUGAAUGAGCUCAAUAUUGAAGAAAAUGAUGAUGUUGAACCAAGAACAAAGGUGAGGCUAGUUGUUCCCAACAGUUCUUGUGGCAGCAUAAUUGGGAAAGGAGGGGCUACCAUAAAGUCAUUUAUUGAAGAAUCUCAAGCUGGCAUUAAGAUAUCUCCGCAGGAUAAUAAUUUUUAUGGCUUGAAUGAUAGGCUAGUGACACUGACUGGCACUCUAGAUGAGCAGAUGCGAGCAAUUGAAUUAAUUCUGUCCAAGCUUAGUGAAGAUCCUCACUACUCACAAGCUAUGCAUGCUCCAUUUUCAUAUGCAGGUGUUCUCUUCUCUGGUUUUCAUGGUAUUCCACAUGCAUAUGUGCUUCCUUCUAUGGGAACAGCGACCUACAAUUCAAUGAGCUAUGCACCAAAUGGGGCUGGAGGGAAGUUUCCGAAUCCCAAGGAGGAUCGUAGCAAAUCUAUCACUAUCGGUGUUUCAGAUGGCCAUAUUGGACUGGUUCUUGGACGUGGUGGAAGAAAUAUCAUGGAAAUUAGUCAGGCUAGUGGGGCCAGGAUAAAAAUAUCAGAUAGAGGUGAUUUCAUGUCUGGAACAACCGAUAGGAAAGUGACAAUCACUGGAUCCCAAAGAGCAAUUCAACAAGCUGAAACCAUGAUAAUGCAGAAGGUAGCUAAUACCACUAAAGGGUAAUGGCUUAGUUUUCCGGUUAUCAGAACCAUUCUUUUUUGAAUCUUUCGAUGGAACGGCUUAGAACUUCCUCGUAUAGUUCGACUAGAAACAUAUCCUCAUUCAUUGGCACACUACGAAUCGACAAUGCCAACAACAUGACGUUAGCAUCAAGAACAGGAAAUUUUUACUCUAGCAGAGCUCUAAUCAGGUACUCUUCGGGACACAUGGACGAAAACUGUAGAUUUUUUAUUUUUUUAUUUUUAAAUUGUUAAAUAGAAAGAAAAAAGAUGAUGGAAUAGACUUUGGCAUGAUUACUUGACUGAGAAUUGGAAUUAGCAUAAUGUGCUUUGGUUAUAUAAUUGUAACAGAUAUACGUGGUUAAACUUGUGGUUUAAUAUGGUCAUGCUUCAUUAAAAAUUAGAACAUCUAAAUAAUCAUAAUUUUGAAAA